AUGAAGGUGGUGGCGCCGCCGAACAUCUCGCGCGUGGCGGAGAGGUCGAGGUUGCUGCUGCGGCGGCGCUGCGGUCCGUCCACGAGGCCCAGCGUGUGCGAGGCUUCAGCUCUGCUCGUCGCUCCUGGGGCCGGCGAUCGGAAGCCCCAUCUUCUCCGCCAUCUUUCCUCCGACUCCGACCGACCAGAAGCCCUCGGGGAUAGUCGGGACAGGAUACUUCUUCUCACGGAAAAGUUCUCCUGCCCGUCGCGGACGGUCAUCACUGAGGGUCUCCGGUCGAAGGUCGCUGCGCUCGCGGCGGAGCUCCUCGCUCUCCCCGAUGACAGGGACCUUGAUGCUGUACUCUGUUCCAGCUCAACUCCGUCUUUCCUCCGGGAUACUUCUGACGUAACCCCCUUCCUCGAGCUCCUCAACCUUCUCAGUUCCCGCCCCCUCCUAGCUCUCGAGGUACUGUCGCCGGCUCUAGCGUCCCGGCCGUCGAUUUACAUUUUUGCUGUAAAACCCCACAUCCUGAAUCGUAGUUGUGCUCCCGAUUGACUAAAUUAUUUGCUGCUACUCAUUUCCCUAGUUCUUCAAUCGGAGGAGGAAGAAGCUCGUGGAAGCAGGUGCCCCAGUGACGGCGGAGGAGUACGUGAAGGCGAUCAAACUUGCCGGCCGCGUCAAGGACGUCGAUCUUGCUGUUGACCUGUUUAAUGCUGCAGGAACCGAGGGUCUUCGCACCACGUCGACCUACAACGCCCUGAUGGGUACUUACAUGUACACUGAGUCUGCUAAGAAAUGUCUGGCCCUCUUUGAGGACAUGAAGCGGGAUCCCGACUGUGAGCCUACAAUAAUUACGUACAACAUCCUCCUCUCUGUGUUUGGCCGUUCGAUGCUGGUGGAUCACAUGGAAACCAUCCUCGUUGCCAUAGAGGAAUCCAAUUUGAAACCGAGCUUGAAGACUUACAACACGGUGAUAGCUGGGUAUGUCACGGCAUGGAUGUGGGACAAGAUGGAGAGUGCUUUCCACACAAUGAAGGAUUGUGGCUUAAAGCCUGACACAUGCACUCACCUCUUGAUGCUCCGUGGCUAUGCGCACCAGGGAAAUCUGGAGAAGAUGGAGAAGACGUAUGAAAUCGUGAAGGAAAAUGUUGAUGAUCAUGCACUGCCACUGAUACGAGCAAUGAUUUGUGCUUAUUGUAAGAGUUCCGAUCCUGAGAGAGUCGAAAAGAUUGAGGAACUGUCGAAGCGUUUGCCAGAGAACCAAUAUCGGCCUUGGUUAAAUGUCCUUUUAAUAAAGUUGUAUGCUCAGGAAGGAUUGAUGGAAAAGAUGGAAGCUCUUCUUUAUGAAGCUUUCAAUCAAGGGACUAUAAUAACGACAACAGGUGUCAUGAGAGCUAUUAUAACAAGCUACUUCCGCCUUGAUGAUUUAGACCAUCUCACAAAAUUCAUCAGGUUGGCUGAAUCUGCAGGAUGGAGGCUCUGUCGGUCAUUGUACCACUGUGAGAUGGUUAUGUAUGGUCAGCAGAGUCGGUUUGGUGAAAUGAAGAAUGUUAUCAAUGAAAUGGAAGCGUUUAAGUUUGAUCCUACAAAGAAAACAUUCUUGAUCAUGUUCAAGGCCUAUUCAAGCUUUGGAAAGAAGCUUGAAUCCGAUAGUGUGUUUGGAAUGAUGUGGAAAUAUGGUUUCAUCGUCCCCAAGGAUGCAUUUCAUCUUUCCUGA